UUUACAAUCAAGUUAAUGGAUAUGCUAAAACUUUCCUUGUCUUUGUUAUGUGUCUUUAGUAUUAUUACCAUGCUUCCUCCAUCUCUUGGUCAAGACUCUCCUCAAGACUAUGUCGAUGCACACAACGAUGCUCGUGCUCGUGCCCGUGGUCAAGAUAGUGCUGUACAAUUUGGCAUUCAGCCCAUCCAACCUAUCCAAUGGGAUGAGGAAGUGGCAAACUAUGCUAGACAAUAUGCCAAUGAACGUAGCAAUGACUGCCAAUUGUUACAUUCUAAUAGUGGGACUUAUGGGGAAAAUCUUGCAAUGAGUUUUGGUGAAAUGUCUGGCAUUCAGGCAGUUGAAAUGUGGGUGAAUGAGAAACAAUUCUACGAUUAUGAUUCCAACACAUGCGUGGAAGACAAAAUGUGUGGCCACUACACUCAAGUUGUGUGGAAUAACUCAACAAAAGUUGGAUGUGCAAAAGUGAGGUGUAGCAAUGGCGGUACAUUCAUUACUUGCAACUAUGACCCACCAGGGAAUGUUAUUGGCGAGCGACCAUAUUAA